ACAGAAGACAAGAAAGACGAUUGGAGCGUGGGAGCACGGCACUCAGCCAAAAAGCAGCGUUGUCUUGUUUGAUUAUGUACUGUAAAAUGUCAGGUUAAAAAAACCAAAAUAGAACAGAAGGAGAGAGAGAGAGAGAACGGAAGCAACUCUAGCUUACAUGGCCUCCUUGCCUUUAGGGCCUCAGCCACCACCACCACAACCGCCACCGCUACCGCAACAACCACAACCUCACACUCACCUGGACAAUAACCCCCGCCGUUCCAAUUUGGACUCUGACAAGGAAAUGUCAGCUGCUGUUAUUGAGAGCAAUGAUGCAGUUACUGGUCACAUUAUAUCUACCACCAUAGGAGGCAAAAAUGGCGAACCCAAACGAGUUAGGAAUCGGUCUUUGUUACCUUUUUUGGGGCUUUGAAGAUCUCUGCAAAACCAUUAGCUACAUGGCAGAACGUGUUGUUGGUACUGGAUCUUUUGGUAUUGUGUUCCAGGCAAAAUGCUUAGAGACUGGAGAGACAGUGGCUAUAAAGAAGGUUUUGCAGGACAGGCGGUAUAAAAAUCGUGAGCUGCAGUUAAUGCGUUUGCUGGAUCACCCAAAUGUGGUUUCUCUGAAGCAUUGUUUCUUUUCCACAACAAGUAAAGAUGAACUGUUUCUAAAUUUGGUCAUGGAGUAUGUCCCUGAGACUAUGUACCGGGUACUGAAGCAUUAUACCAGUAUGAAACAGAGGAUGCCCCUCAUCUAUGUGAAACUUUAUACAUAUCAAAUUUUUAGGGGACUGGCAUAUAUCCAUACUGUUCCUGGGGUUUGCCACAGGGAUGUGAAGCCACAAAAUCUCUUGGUUGAUCCUCUCACUCACCAGGUUAAACUUUGUGAUUUUGGAAGUGCAAAAGUUUUGGUCAAAGGAGAAGCUAAUAUAUCAUAUAUAUGCUCUCGUUAUUAUCGCGCUCCAGAGCUCAUAUUUGGGGCAACCGAAUAUACAACAUCAAUUGAUAUUUGGUCUGCUGGCUGUGUCCUUGCUGAGCUUCUAUUGGGCCAGCCUUUGUUUCCAGGGGAAAAUGGAGUGGACCAACUUGUUGAGAUUAUCAAGGUUCUUGGUACUCCAACUCGAGAAGAAAUUAGAUGCAUGAAUCCAAAUUAUACAGAUAAUAGGUUUCCUCAGGUUAAAGCUCACCCUUGGCACAAGGUUUUCCACAAACGAAUGCCUCCUGAAGCAAUUGACCUUGUUUCACGGCUGCUUCAGUAUUCACCAAGUCUUCGAUGUACCGCACUUGAGGCAUGUGCACAUCCUUUCUUUGAUGAGCUUCGUGAACCUAAUGCCCACCUUCCAAAUGGUCGCCCUUUACCCCCUCUGUUCAACUUUAAACAGGAAUUAUCCGGAGCUUCACCUGAACUGAUCAACAGGCUGAUACCAGAGCAUGUAAGGCGGCAAAUGGGUCUCAGCAUCCCUCAUCCAACUGGCGUGUAAAAAUAAUGACAUAAAAUAAGGAUGGCGUCAUCAGUUGAUGGAAGUAAAGUAAUGGAGGAGUUUAUUGUGGUCAAUAUAUAAACUCAAGCAUUCUGGCUUUUUUCAGUAGAUUUUCUCUGGCCUUGCAAAGAUGUAUGCAUAUAGCGGCCAUUAUGGCAUAACGUGGAAGUCGGUGGUUCUGUCAAUUAUGUCUCGUACUAGCUCAAACAUACUGUUUCCCUACUUGUGUAAAUUGUUUUGAUAGUGAAGAUUGAUCCGAGAAAGCUAGGAGUAUAAAAGGUGACUCACUUUAUUCAUGUAUAGCUAGCUAGGGGCUUCAAAUGCCUGGCAGGAGCUCAAGGGCUCAUUCGCAGUUUGGCUUGCUUUUUUCACUUGAACUUUGUGUUUAUUUCGCCAGAUGGUCAUGUUGUCUUUGAAUGGAAGCUAGAUUUCUCCUUAUUGCA